AUUUGCACAAAAGAGCCAUUCAUACAAACAAUAAAAGAUAGUACGAAUUAAUGCAAGACCUAAAAGAGAGUUCCUGCAAAAACACCAUUGAUAGAAGUCCUAAAAGAAAGUUCACGUCAACAUAAAACCUAAAAGAACGCCAUUACUCGAACGCCUCCGGAUUCAAACAUCUGCCCGGAUUCUCGAAGCACACCGCACAGGCAGCACAUGUGUAGUACACCUUCUCCCUCAACGACUCCAUUUCAUUCAGCGAAACAUGAUUCAGAAAAGAACUGCAGCUCUACUGUCCGUACAGGAUAUAUUCCUGUCUGCAUCCAGUACUGAGCGAGUGAAUGUAUCCCCCACCCCACCCCCGUUUCUCUUGCAUACUGGAAAGCCAGUCGUUCAGUACACUCUCAACUCACGGAAAGCUGGCUUGGAGGAAAAGGCAGUGAAGAAGAAAGGAAAAAUGGAGAAGGAGAAGAAGAAAGGGAAAAUAGAGAAUGAGAAGAAGAAAGGGAAAAUGGAGAAUGAGAAGAAGAAAG